AUGCCUGAAACGCCCGCCGAGAGAUCUCCAUAUCACGCCUCCUCCAGCAACGAAGCAAUCGCGCUGGAGACGCAAUAUGGCGCGCACAACUACCACUCAAUUCCAGUCGUUUCUAGUAAGGCGCAGGGAACGUGCGUCUGGGAUCCCGAAGGGAACCAGUACCUCGACUUCCUUUCCGCCUACUCGGCCGUCAACCAAGGCCACUGCCAUCCGGAGCUAGUCAAGGCCCUCGCUGAUCAAGCAGGGCGUUUAACGCUGAGUUCUCGAGCGUUUUACAAUGAUGUGUUCCCUCGGUUCGCACAGAUGGUCACAGAAUACUUUGGGUUUGACAUGGUGCUCCCAAUGAACACCGGCGCGGAAGCAGUCGAGACCGCGACCAAGAUCGCUCGCAAAUGGGGGUACAAAAACAAAAUGAUUGAGCCGGACCAAGCGCUGAUUUUGACGGCUACCAAUAAUUUCCACGGGCGCACGCUUGCCGCAAUCUCGCUUUCUUCAGAUUCCGACGCACGAAACAAUUAUGGCCCUUAUCUGCCCAACGUCGGCCACUGCAUUCCCGGGAUGAGCAAGCCAAUUGCUUACAAUGACCAAGACCCCCUCCGUAAGGCAUUUCAGCAAGCUGGCCCGAAUCUUGCAGCAUUCCUCAUCGAGCCAAUUCAAGGCGAAGCUGGCAUUAUCGUUCCGGACGACAGUUACCUGCAAGCAGUUCGCGCUCUCUGUGAUGAGCAUAAUGUGCUGCUCAUCUCUGACGAGAUCCAGACAGGCAUUGGUAGGACAGGAAAGCUCCUCUGUUGCGAGUGGAGUGGCAUCAAACCAGACCUCGUCCUUCUGGGAAAAGCCAUUUCAGGGGGCAUGUAUCCCGUUUCUUGCGUGUUGGGGCGUCGCGAUGUGAUGUUGACCAUCGAACCGGGGACACACGGUUCCACGUAUGGUGGGAACCCCCUGGGCUGCGCCGUGGCCAUACGCGCUUUAGAGAUUGUCCGUGACGAAGGGCUGGUUGGAAAUGCUUGUCGCUUGGGUGAAAUUUUCCGAGACGGCCUGCGGAAAAUCCAAAGUCCCAUUAUUCAGGAGGUUCGAGGAAAAGGCCUUCUGAAUGCCAUCGUGGUUGACCGAGGAGCCGCGAAUGGGCAUACGGCCUGGGACUUGUGCUUGCUGAUGAAGGAUAAGGGCUUGCUUGCUAAACCAACGCAUCAGAACAUUAUCCGACUUGCUCCACCGCUAAUUGUGACGGAAGACGAGAUCAAGAGGGCUUUGGCGAUCAUCGAAGAAGCAAUUGCAGAGCUUGUGAGGUAG